AUGGCCAUAAAUUGCUGGAAUUGCACAUGUUCGCAGCCGUUUGGAGUUGCCGUACGGAGGUAGCUGAAGCUGGUGUGGUGGAGUUGCGCCCGGGUGUCAGCGUAAUAUAUGUGAUGAAUGUCUAGCGCGGAGGGAGAUCGAUCUGGAUGAGGUUGAAGAUGUGAACAGACUAACCUGUUACUUCAGGGGAAAAAUUCUCAAAAAUUAGAGCACCAUCAAUCUUGUUGUGACCUAUAUUCGAGUCGCUCCAAACAAUCCCAGCCACGUUCUCACUUUCGUACAAAUUAUCACCUGUCCCGAUCCGGCCCGCGGGCCCGUAGUCACACACUAACCAAAUUAGCGACAAUCAAAUCCCGUUAGCCACGAUUGUCUUUCAGAUCAUCAACGGACACAGAACAUCAUCAUUCCCCCAAGAUUCGGGCCCAGUUUAGUUUCGAGUGGCCAACGAUUAUGAAGUCAUCAGCGCAGAUUUGGGUUGCACUCGGCGUGGCCGCCAGCCUUUUCGGCACCGUUUGUGGACUAAGUGCGAUCAUCAACCACCGGCCGAGCAAUGAUACGGUGGAGAUUAGCAGGAGUCGGACGGAACGAUCCCUGAUGUUCCCGUACAACAGUGCUUUGGGGUUGAUUGUGGCCAUUGCCGUCCCGUUGAAAGUUCCGGAUCGUAAUAUCUUCAUGUCGUACAACUUCGAAGGGAAUUACAACAGUCCUCAAUCGACGAACGUUUUCACCGAGGGGUUCUUCAAUUGGGUUCGUGGAAUUGCCCCAGUUCUGGAAACUCCAGCUAUUGCGAUUAACAGAGCGUUGGACGGAGAUCCGGAAGUUGAGUCUGCUGAGUCUACAACGGUAGCGGAUGAAGAAGAGUCACCCAAAGUGACUCGCGCGAUCCACACCAGAACUCCGAUCUACACCCGGAAGAAGGUCUACCGGGCGAUUGAGUCACAGUUUAUCAAAAAUGGUUUCAACGGAAAGAAGUGCCUCCUCCGACUCAUCUGCGAAGCUUCGGAGAUUCCGGUCCACGAACACAACGGCAUCCUCGGCGACCUAUUCCACAUCGUGCUCAGUCCUUCAACCUCCAAGGACGAAAACCUACCCCCGGAGUUCUACAAGGCCGAACGCUUCGGCGUCCAAGGACACUGCCACAAGUACCGGAAGCACUGCCAGGAGAACGUAUUCGACCUGUUCAGCGUAAUCAUGUAA